AUGGGUGCACAAAAAUCAAAAUCAAGUUCUACAACGACAAUGCAGAAUAACCAACCGCGACAACGCGUGGUUCAAAACUACCUCUUAGUUUGGGUGGAUGCCAACAUCGAUGAAAAGGGCCAAGACUGUCAGAACACUUUGACACACUUACGCAGUGUUGUCAAUGAUGUCAAUAUAUACACUCAACCAGAUGCUUGCGUUCAAUUCCUCAAAAGCAUCGGUGAUGAAAAGGCUUUCGUCAUCACAUCGGGAUCCUUAGGUCAACACUUAGUUCCCGAGAUUCACGGCAUUCCACAAGUGAAUGCCAUCUACAUCUUCUGUGGCGACAAGUCCAGACAAGAAACCUGGACAAAGAACUGGUCAAAAGUCAAAGGUAUUCACACAAAUAUCAAAGAAAUCUGUAAAGCACUGACCACGGAUGUUAAACAGCACAAUCAAGAUUCCAUCGCCAUCAGUUUUGUCACCGCAAGAGGAGAGGGUUCCAAUGCCAAUCUCAAUCAUCUGGAACCCAGUUUCAUGUACACGCAAAUAUUUAAGAAGAUUCUCCUCGACAUGAAGCAUGACAAGAAAGCAAUCAAAGACCUGGCCAAUUACUGUCGGCAGCGUUUUCAAGACAACAUCCAAGAGCAAAUGGUUAUCGAUGAGUUCGAACAUAACUAUCGUCCAGACAAGGCCAUUUGGUGGUAUACACGCGAGUGUUUUACCUACCAAAUGCUCAAUCAAGCACUUCGCACUUUGGAUGGCGAAGUCAUUAUUAACAUGGGAUUCUUUCUCCAUGAUUUACACAAACAAAUACAACGGCUGCAUCAAGAACAGGUCAGUAAUUACAAACGAAAACCUUUCGUAGUCUACCGUGGACAGGGACUAUAUAAGACAGAUUUUGACCAGUUAUCAAAAACUGUAGGUGGUCUUUUAUCGUUCAACAACUUUUUAUCCACCAGUAUCAAACAAGAGAAAUCUCUUGAAUUUACCUACAGCGCUCUCGGUGAUCCCAACAAGGUGGGUGUUCUAUUCGUGAUUACAAUUGAUCCGAAUAUUGGUACUACUCCAUUCGCAUCGAUUGGGGAUCUUAGUUAUUUCAAAGACGAAGCAGAGAUCCUGUUUUCCAUGCACAGCGUGUUUCGAGUUGGUACAAUUCGACAAGUGGGUGACAAGAAUAAACUUUACCAUGAGGUACAACUUCAGUUGACUGCUGAUGACGACCCACAACUGCGUGUGUUAACGGAUCGUAUUGAAAGUGAAGUUCAAGGUAGUACAGGAUGGAAACGUUUGGGUACAUUAUUGCUUAAACUCGGACAGCUGGAUAAAGCAGAAGAACUGUACACUGUGUUACUGGGACAAGCGUCUGAUAACAAUGACAGAGCACUCUAUUAUCAUCAACUUGGCUCCUUAAAAAAUGAUCAAGGUGAUUAUAAAAUGGCUAUAGAAUACUAUGAAAAAGCACUUGAAAUCCAAGAAAAAACUCUUCCUUCGAAUCACCCUCAUUUGGCUCAAUCGUACAACAACAACGGUUCAGUGUAUGUAAACAUGGGAGAGUAUUCGAAAGCACUUUCAUUUUAUGAAAAAGCACUUGAAAUCCAAGAAAAAACUCUUCCUUCGAAUCACCCUGAUCUGGCUGCUUCGUACAACAACACCGGUGCGGUGUACAUGAAGAUGGGAGAGUAUUCGAAAGCACUUUCAUUCUAUGAAAAAACACUUGGAAUCCAAGAAAAAACUCUUCCUUCGAAUCACCCUUGGUUGGCUACUUCGUACAACAACAUCGGUUUGGUGUAUAACAACAUGGGAGAGUAUUCGAAAGCACUUUCAUUCUAUGAAAAAGAUCUUGCAAUAUGCGAGAAAACUCUUCCUUCGAAUCACCCUUUGUUGGCUACUUCGUACAACAACAUCGGUGCGGUGUACUAUAAAAUGGGAGAGUAUUCGAAAGCACUUUCAUUCUAUGAAAAAGCACUUGCAAUUAGAGAAAAAACUCUUCCUUCGAAUCACCCUGAUUUGGCUACUUCGUACAACAACAUCGGUUGGGUCUACAGAAACACUAAGGACUAUUCGAAAGCACUUACCUAUUUCGAACGCGCUCUGGACAUUUGGCAACGUGCAUUACCGGCGAAUCACCCUAAUAUAAAAACUGCACGAGAAGGUAUCGAAAAUUGUAAAAGAGCAAUGAAGAAAUAA